UUUAAUUAACACCAAUCUGUUUCAUUAGAACCCAAAUCAACAAUGGCAGACAAACCAGAUGUGAGUGAGAUCGCUCAGUUUGACAUGACUAAACUGAAGAAGACUGAGACUGAGGAGAAGAACACUCUACCUACCAAAGAGGAACCCAAAUCAACAAUGGCAGACAAACCAGAUGUGAGUGAGAUCGCUCAGUUUGACAUGACUAAACUGAAGAAGACUGAGACUGAGGAGAAGAACACUCUACCUACCAAAGAGGACAUUGACCAGGAGAAGCAGGUGGAAUCCUAAAAUGGCUGCUGUCAUUACUCACAAGCUACAUCCCAGAGGGACUGUUUCUCAAACCUGAACUCUCCAUUCUGGAAUGGAUCCUCAUGGCUGCCUCAGUCACUGACUAAUAAAAGCCAUGUAGAUUAAUCAAUGUGUUGCUGGCAUU